AUGUCUCUUCUACGACCCAAUAAUGAGCGACACGACGCUAACAUGCCACUUGACACGAACCCCCGACGACCCCUCGGUGUCGUCGGCCGCAAACCAUUCACCAUCGCACUACUACUGGCCUCCGCGCUGGGUCGUGCAUCCGCCAGCCCAGUGCACAACGACAUCUCUCCGCGUAACCUCGGAAAUUCUUCCUCAGCACCACCCUCGUCAUUCAAUAUGGCCAUUUGGAUACCCGUUAUCGUUGUCGUGGUGUUCUUGAUCGGUUUUAUAAUUCUCUCUUGGAAAGGUGGGGUCUUUAGCAAGCUUUCAGCUUGUCUGUCGCGCCGGAGAAGGGCGGGACCUGCAACUCUUGGAGGAGCUAGAGAGCUGACGGCGGAACAAUUGGUUGGGGCUAUCAAUAAUAACGGAGCCACUACCGUGGUGGGAAAUGCUGGGAGAACACGGAGAUCCAGGAGGCCACGACGCACCCCCUCUCAGAUUUCGACAACCUCGUUGCCUGCGUACAACAAGGAGCCUGGAGAGGAGGAGCUAGUUAUCUUUCGUGGUCGGGACGCAGAGGAUGUCACGAUGCCAGCGGCCGUUGUCAUGUCUGCGGUAGACGAAGACGGUGAAGGAGAUAGUUUGAACUCUGGAGAUCACUCUCAAGUAUCAAGAUACUCUCCAAUGCCUACAACCCCUAACAACAUGCCGCUGCUUCAGGGGGACGAGUCUGGCGACCUCUCUCUUCAAAGUCUCAACUCUGGAACCGCAGCAAACACUGACGCACAAGAAAACAGCUCACUGCCCGAUCCGCGUGGUGAGGCUCCGCCGUACUUUGAAGUUGUCGACCAGCCAGAGGGGCCCAGGCGAGAAGUGACGAUGAUGACUGAGUCACCCGUUGCCCUUGAAGCACCUCCUCUUUCUUCCCCCAGCUCCCCAGAACAACGUCCUCAACGGCAUUCAACCUUCCGUAAUUUCCUAAACCGCAUGUCCGUCGCCAGCACCUCGCACCACUCGCACACACGCGUAGGCUCUGACAACUCCAUCACCUCUUCAAGCUUCUCGCACGGCACACGAGAAGGAGGAACAAGCCGUGCCUCUCACCGCCCAACACCCUCCGGAUCAAGCUCCCACCUCACCUCAUCCAUGUUCCGCACCCUCUCCCGACAGCGAUCUACAAACACCCUCGCCUCCAACCGCCUAAACUCCCCCUCCACCAUCUCCCUCAACUCCAUCUCCGCGCCGCUCACGCACACCCUCAGCCGUACGGAAUUCACGUACCCGAAAGCCGGCCCAACUCCCGAACAACUCAAGGUCAUCUCGUCGCGAGAUUCGUUUGCUAGGUUCGCUGUCCCGUAUGGGCCGGAUGCUAUUGCGUUUGCGUCGUCUUCGAGGCAGGACUUGAGUUAUCCGCCCCCGGACUUUGAUUCUGCUGCUUCGGACACCCAAUUGCCGAGGUCGGCGGGCCCGUCGAGGCUUAGAGCCUCGAGUAAUGCUGCUGAAUUGUUGCAGCAUCAAGAGGAAGAGGCGGAUAGUCCAGAGGAAGAGCAGGGUCAGGGCGAAAGCCUAGCUCAAGAGUCGAGUGCAUCAUCGUCCUCUUCGCCUGCUGCGACGUUACCCGCGCCCGCAGACUCAUCAGUUCCUCAAUCUGCCCCUUCCUCCUCCUCAUUAUUGGAACCACAACCCAUUACAAAAAGUGACUCCAUCUCCAAAGCAUCCAUCAAAUCAGCUUUAUCCCCCUUAUCAAUACCUCUCCCACCCACCAUCAAAGGAACCUCCACAUCCACAGCUUCUUCUUCCUCCUUCGCUACCGUAUCAGAGUUCGGCCAACUCACUACCUCGACGGCACCCGUCCGCUCAGAGUCCCGCGCGAGCAAUUACUCGUAUCAGUCGUAUGCGACUGCGGCGGAGUCGAUGGGAGCGUCGACACCACGACGGAAUGCUGCUGCGGGUGGCGUCGAAUUCGAUGGUGAUGAUGACGCCCCUACGCACGAGCUCUGUUGCUGGAUCUGGGAGCGUCAGAUCUACACGGUAGUGACCCGACGAGAUCGCAUUCUUAUGAUUCCGUUUUGGUGA